CGAGAGCCCACGACCAAAACCAUGUCUCAUAGCAAUACGGCAAAAACCCUAUAAAAUCGUUAGAUUGUAUGAUUCUGAACCCGACUAGGUGUGUAGUAACGGUCGAAAGUGUAGCAACUGCGUGGGAGGCCAUUUCUGCUGUGUCAAAAAAAAAGGCAGUCGGUAUUAUAGCAAUACGUCUGAUUGUGAAAAUGUACAUAGAUUUUAUAAUUGUAUUACGAAAAAGUUUGUUUUCAGACAUUUUGCGCGUAGCAUAUAGCCUGAGCGCAUUUUUGAAAAUGUCAACAAAUUUAGCCGACCUGUAUCAUAGCAAUACGGAUAAAUUUUUUUUUAACUUUUCGUAUUGCUGCCAGAAUUACCAAAAACCUGUUUUCAGACACUUUAAGUGUAGCAUAUACUCCCAAAAACGAAAAUAACGUUUCGGAGUCGCCUGCCCGACGCCUCAGCGCUUGUUACGCUCCUGCGGCGGGUACGGCUUUUCGCGUGUUACGGUCCUGCCCCUUUCUUACUAUUAUACAGCUCACUCGGCAGCUGAUCCAAACGUUGGAACGACGCUCACUUAGUUGUCAUGCGUUGUGCGGUUGUGGUGGUGUAAAAUGUCGGACCUGAGUUGUGUGUUUUGUAAAGAAACAACGAUUGAGAAAGGGAAAAAAUUUACCGAAGAGACGCUGAAAAAGUGCAAAGAAGUGGCCGAAUAUCGGAGUAAAAAGCAUAGAGUAAGCAGGAAAUCGAUUUACUCCGAAAUCGAGUUGCCACGUGGUGUCGACACGGACAUAGGAUACCAUUCGGCGUGCUACAAAAAUUUCACGGCUGUGAGAAUUCCGAAGGAUUCAAAUAUUUCUCACGACAAUGUCGUCAGUAAUGUUUUUGAUGACGGUGCAUCGACAUCCAGAGCGAGUGAAGAACCUGAAGGUGAUCGAGGAGCGGACGAGAGUACGACAGCGGACGACAGUGCGUUAGCGGACGACAGUACGGUAGCUGUCGGCAAUACGGUACCUGAUGACAGUGCGGUAACCGAUGUUGCUGACAAUACGGCAACUGAUGAUUCGACUGCCGAUGAAAAUACACACAGCUGUAUUAUUUGCGGUAAAUACAGGAUAUACGUGAAAAGACGCGCGGUAUGUUUGAUAAAAGCGACCAACACUUUCAUCGAAUUUAUUAAGGCCGUGUCCACCGAGUACAACAACAUCGAGAUGCUGCGUAAAAUCGAAACUCUCAAAGAUGACAACUGCUUCUAUCACAAACAUUGCAAAACAAAGUUUGAAUGGCACUGUAAGAACGAUCUCGAGAAAAAAAAAGAAAAAACUUGGCACAAAAAACGACAAUGUCAUACUGACGCGUAUGACAAAAUUUGCAUACUUAUUCGCGAACGCGUAGUUGAGAACAAUGAAUGUCUCUUUUAUAAUUUCAUCUCAGAAAAGUACAUCGAGUUCCUGCACGAACAGUUUGACAACGUCUCCAACGUCGAAAAACCGGAUUUUUUUUCGUCGCGUCAUUUGGAAAAGAAGUUAUUGGUAACGUUCAACGCUGAAAUAAAAAUCAUUUUCUCGGACAACAAAAAGUAUAUCGCUCCAUACGCUGGUCACAUCGUCAGCAAUCAAGAAUUUUUCAAAAACAUCGAAACGAGACAAGUGAUAUACAACAUCGGACAGAUAAUCAGACGAGAGAUAAUUAACGUGGACAAGACAAAAUUACCGGAGGAUAUAACGGUGCAGGAUCUCAUCCGAGGUGAAUGCGAUUCUGUGCCACCGUUGCUAUCGUAUCUCUUGCAGUGUAUCAUUUGCGGUGAUAGUAAAGGCGUAAGUCAAUCUCGUCAUGAAUUAAAGAAAUCCUCGCGCGACUUAAAAAUGUUUUCCCUCGGUCAGGACAUUAUUUAUGCAGCUACGAACGGCACUAUUAAAACCUCGAAACAUGUCACUCUGGGAAUGGCGUUAAAGAGUCUCUCGAGCAGCAGGAAAAUUGUCGACCUUGUCAACAAAUACGGUCACUGCUGUAGCUACAAUGUCAUCGAAGAGCUAGAGACUGAGCUGACAUUCACAUCAACGCAACAGAACAAAUGAUAUCCCGAAGACAUAAUUCUC